GUGGUCUAUCACAUCUCAGGCACAGCAAGGGUGCCCAAGGUUUGACCGUUUAAUCUAUUGUCGACGGCCAGGAGCCCUAUCGCGAGUGCGCGCAGCAAGUGGUCCGGAAAUAGGGGAGCCUACCAAAUCCACCUGCCUGUCCAAGUUUACAGUGCAGUUACACGUAUGGUAUUCGUUUGUUUCGCGCGGCCUUCAGGCUCUCCAGCGAGAGCCUCGAGCUUGGGUCCAUGAGACUGGAAAGGCGCCUUAUCAACGGCUAUGAGCGUCGGAGGAAGUUGGGUGUGCCGUCUCGCGUCCAUGGCCUCUCGUGGGCUCGCUCUGUGCUACGGCGAUUCCUAUUUCCCUAAAAUGCCGUUUAAUAUGCCCCCUCUCCUUCUCUCCAUGUCUUGCCCUCAUCUUAGCUGUCUCUCCGGUGCCAAGGGGUCGGAGGUGGAGCGUUUGCUUUGCUCAUGACUAUGGCUGCCCCCAAUUAUCAUGACAGCCAUGUCACCAAUAGAUGGUGUCUGGCGGGCCUCGUUAUCAGUUGGCUUAUUGCCAUUGCUGCCUCUUUGGCCAGUGCGAUCUUGUUCAAGCAAGAGAUCCAAAACGGCCGCGCUACGCAGAUACUUAUAUGGGACACCUGGAGAGAAGUUUUGCCUCUGGGACUCGAUGUUUUGGUCACUCUACUCAACGACAGCAUGGGCUACAUUCACACCUGCACCCUCCGGUGGUCAUUGCAGAGAGAAGGCAAGCUUGAGUGCAACUCGAACUUGCCGCCGUCUACCUUCCUGGCAUUGCCCUCGCUUACGGCUCAACCUCGCUCAAUCUUCUUGACCCUGAAUCCCGAUCUUGCGGAUCUCCUGAAACACAACUACGAUUUCACAGAUGCCUUUGACUUCCACAUCAAUGCCAUUGCGCUUCUAGCGUUUGGCGUCGGCCUACUCCUCCAAGCCAUCGUCACAACAUGGGCGUUGGCCAAAACAGACGUCCUGACAUGGAGCUCCAACCCUCUUGAUCCUCGAUCCGGUCGGUGCAUGAUGAGCGUUCAUUUGGCCAAAGAAGAUGCGCGUAGUCUGAAGCCUUUGGCCAAGCAGGAAAACAUGUUCAAGGCCGAUCGCAGAGUACGGCGUAUUCUUUAUCUCUUAGGGUGCCUUCCUUUGGUGAGCGUGAUUUGGGGGGGCGCUCUUCUCGUUUACAUCAGAGAGGGCUUUCCGAAGACCGUUCUAGGGCAAUCGUGGUCCUUUCUCCCCUCGUUUCAGGGCAUCACCGACUCGAAUUGCAGUGCAUUCCGAUGCUCCACCGGCACUUCUGUGGUGAACCUCAAUUUGGGUGCUGACAACGGGCCCGCCGGUAUGGUCCCGGCUGUCCUUCUAACCACCGGCGUCCAGUCGGUAGUCACAAUAUCUCUGCACUGCGCGGAACUAAUAGUCAACAUGUCCCGAGACGAGAAGAUAUACCGCGCCUUAAUUGGCCCCAAGGGCACCAACGGCCACUACAACUCGAUAGUUGCGGCAUUGACGGCAUGGCAGACAGUCGUUCUAUUCUUGCUGAAAUCUGGCGUCCACUGGCUGUUCGGUCUAGCCAUCAACCUCCAGUUUCGAAUUGGGAUCAACAUGUAUCCACCACAGGUCAUCUACUUUGCUGCUCUUACCCUCGCUACUACGAUAUUUGGGGUUUUUCUUUCUGUUUUCUGUCGGCCCAAAGGCUCUCUACCUGCCUCUUACGGUCACAUCCAGACAAUUGCAGACAUUGUCGACGACUGGGCCGACUCUGGUUGCAUGUUCUGGGGCGUCAAAGAUCACGGAAAGACAGGUACGGACACCCGAAAAGUCCCGCUGCCUGACAAAAGGGCAUGGUACGGCGGCCUGGAUUAUCGCGACCUCCGAAAUCCACAACAAUUCAGGAAUACCUUCCUCUGCUUCCUUAUGCCUUCGUUUCCCUCGUCCUUGUACAGGCAGACCCAAUAUCCCUCUCGGACCCAGCUAGCUCGGAACUACCCCAGCAACAACAGUCUGAACAGUGUCUUUUCGGCAUAUUCAGGGUAUUCGGAGCACACCACCCAGAGCAUCGAGCCACUCUUGGCUGGAUAUAGCGGCCAAAGGGCCGUGAGCGGUUAA